AAAUGGAUUAAUCAGAAUAUUCUUAUCUACAAUGCCCAGCCGAAGCCAUAGCCAUCCAACAUGAAUGUAUUUACUAUGCACUAUAAUUUAGAAUUAUAUAUCAGAAAAACAGAAAAAGACAAGCAAUAUAGAAAGAUAUUCGGAGGAGAUGUUCAAUAUGAUUAAUUUGAGAUGCAGCACAUUAAAUAAUUAGAGGAGGAGAUCAAAAAGAAAGGCAUACAAUUACCUGAUGGGUAUUUAUAUAUGGAUAUAUAUCAAUUUAGUUGGACUUAAACUGACACUCUCAAGAUUUUGUAUAAUGGUAAAUUCAAGAUCAAAGAUUGUAUUGAGGUAAUCAUAAAUUAUAUAAUUUAUAGAGAUUACAACUUCACCUAGGUUGGAGAGCAAAUUCUAAUAUGCAUACAUUGAAUAAAUAAAUGUAGGAAUUUUUAGAAGCUGGAUUUCUAUACACUUUUGGAAGAGACUAUUAAUUUAGACCUGUCAUUUAUUUAGAGGCAUAUAGAGUAGAUUAAAAAAAAGUAAUUACUAUUCCUAAUGUUAGUAUCCUAAAGACUUUAUGAUCUAGGUGUUGUCAUUCUUUCUGGGGUUUGUCAAGAAACACAUGAUGAUGCCUGGAAAAGUUGAGAAUUGGAUUUGUAUUAUUGAUACUAAAGAUAUUGGUGUUUUUGGAUUACCUUCUGGAUUAGGAGAUAUAAUUAAAACUAUGGCUCUUAAUUUCGUUGGAUGUUUACAUAGAAUGUAUGUGCUAAAUCCAUCAACAGGAGUUGACUUAUCUUGGAAAGCUGGUGCUGCAUUUAUGGAUGAUGAAAGCAAAUCGAAAAAUGUUUUUUUGACAAAGAAAACUUUAGAAAAAUUAAAGGAAGCAAUUCCACAAGAUCAAUUAGAAAAAAAGUAUUUAGGAACUGCUGAAAAUCUAACUUAGUUUUGGCCACCAAGAAUUGCUAAAAAAUGA